AUUCUAAAGAUGGAAUACAUAAAAUUCCUUAAUCAGAAUAGUGCCAAACUCAAUAGAACAAUGUCAGUUUCGAUACUAAUAUUAUGAGAACUUAUAGCUUAAGUAAUCCAAAAGGGUACUAUGAAAGAUGGAAUAGUCACACUCAAGUAGAAGUCGUUAAGAAGGAAUGCAACUUAACAAACCCUUUGAUUUAGAAUUAAGUAAGAACUCUAAUUUGACUCAAUAGCAAGUAGAAUCUGAGUUCUAAAUUAAUGUUGAUAAUAUCUUACAAUUUAAUCAGAAUUGUAUUAAAUCAUUAAAUAUUCUAGUGAAUGGUUCUGAACUCAUCGAAUUCAAUAGAGAUAUUAAAUCUAAUUCUGAAAUUGCGUAAAAAGACGAUGAUCAAUUAUAUUGUAAAUAUGACAGGAAUUACGAAUCUCAUAAUACAGACUUAAUUGUUUUGGCAACUCCACCCUAAAAAAAUAAGCUCAAAGCAGUUGGAAACAUGUUUUUGGGACUUUGGAGAUUAUAAUAAAACGUAGUUGAACCUAUCACAUCCACAGUAAUAUAGAACUAAAUACAAUUAGGAAUAAUUUUAUGAUAAUUUUGGAUCUACUCAGCGUAAUUAUAAUACAAAAAAUGCUUAUAAACAGGUACAUCCAGCUACGGAUUCUCAGGAUAUGCGAUUGAUGGACCUUUUCAAUUAAUUCAAAUUGGUAUGCCUCUUCACAUAAUAUUCAAUGUCAGGUUCAAAUGAAGACAUUUAAAAUAUGAUAAAGAUACUACAAAGAGAUCCCAAACGGUAUUGAUCCAUAUUAUUCCCAGUAAUCUGACAAAUCCCCAGGAUCCGAAUCACAUUAUAAACUCCCUCAAUCAAUAUGGACAAAAUGCCCUUUACAUUGCAUCUAAGAAUGGGAAUGCUCAAGUAAUAAAGUUUCUGCUGUCUCUUGAAUGCAAUACUCAUAUCAGAAGUCGCAUCUUCGAGGAUCUCACUGAAAGCCCAUUAGAGGUUUCAUCGAGGUGGCAUCAUCUGGAAUGUGUGAGAUUGUUGUUGGCUGCUGACAGAUACAGUAACACAGAAUUGAGAUCAGCAACGAAGGCAACUUAAAAUUAAGAAAUAAUCAAUAUGUUGAAACGAAAUAUGAGUUCCUCUCUUUUCUCUUGUUGUUUGUGA